CCGCCCGGUGCGGCCCCUCUCGCUCUCCUUCGCUCGCUCGGUCGGUGCCGGUUCCCGAUCCCCGGUGGAGCAGCAGGCGGUCGGCGUUCGGGGGAGAGUCUGCUGGCCAGCCAGGUGGGCGUCCCCAGCGCGGCCAUGGCGGACGUCCUGCGGGAGCUGGUGCGGGCGUCGGAGAAAGCGGCCGACAUCGCCCGGGCCUGCCGGCAGCAGGACGCCCUCUUCCAGCUCCUGGUGGAGGAGAAGAAGGACGGAGACAAGAACAAGAAGUUCGUCAACGAUUUCAAAACGCUGGCGGACGUGCUGGUGCAGGAGGUCAUAAAGCACCACCUGGGGCAAAAGUUUCCAGGGCUGGAGAAGCACGUGGCCGGAGAGGAGUCCAACGAGUUCACCAAUGAGCUGGGGGAGAGUAUCACCGUGGAGGUCCGGCCCACGGAAGCGGAGACCCAGCAGCUGCUCAGCAAGGUCCUGGACGGCCACGACCCGGCGGCCGCCGCCCUGGCCAGAGCCGUCCACCGGGAUCCCGCGCCGGCCGACCCCGCUCUGGAGGCCCUGACGGUGGCCGUCCCGCUGGACAGCUUGGGGGUGUGGGUGGACCCCAUAGACUCCACCUACCAGUACAUCCAAGGGUCCGCGGAAGUGGAGCCCGUGGAAGGCGUGUUCCCGCGCGGCCUGCAGUGCGUGACCAUCCUGAUCGGCGUGUUCGACCGGCGGAGCGGGGAGCCCCUCAUGGGCGUCAUCAACCAGCCCUUCGCGGAGCGGGAGCCCGGCACCGGCAGGUGGAGCGGACAGUGCUGCUGGGGCCUCUCCUACCUGGGCACCAACGUUCACUCGCUGCCCCCUGCGCCCGGCGGCCCCGAGGACGCGCCCGGCCGCCCGUUCUCGGCCGUGGUCAGCUCGAGCGAGAAGGACGAGGUGCGGGCGGCGCUGGGCCGGGUCUGCGGCGGGGGCGUGCGCCACGCGGCCGGAGCCGGCUACAAGAGCCUCUGCGUCGUCCGCGGGCUGGCCGACUUCUACGUCUUCUCGGAGGACACCACCUUCAAGUGGGACUCAUGCGCCGGGCACGCCAUCCUCAGGGCGCUGGGCGGGGGGAUGGCCGACUGGCAGGAGAGCCUCAGGGCCGGGCCCGGGCCCGCCGGGUCCCCGCCCCCCCUGCGCUACCACGUGGGCGUCCAGGGCGCGGUCGGGGUGGACCGCUGGGCCAACCGGGGCGGGCUGGUGGCCUAUCGCUCGACGGCCCGGCUGCGGCGCUUUCUGGCCCAGCUGAGGGAGAGCCUGGGCCUCCCGGCCCCCGCCCCCUGAGCCGGUGCGGCCGGGCGGGCGGGAGCGGUGGAGGGAGGGACCGAGAGCCGGCCGGGGGGAGGCCGGGCCCCCGUUCGGAUCCCACACUUCCCUCCCCGUCCCCCGGCCCUUCGGCGGCUCCUCCCUCUCCGCCCCCCGAGUCCGGUCAGUCCCGGUGCCCCACAGAGGGGGCCGAUCUCAUCGGGUGGACCCUCACGGUCGAGGCCCGGUGGCCGGAGCCUCACGGGCGAGGCCCGGCCCGCCGAUCCUCACGGUCGAGGCCCGAAGGGCGGACCUUCACGGACCGGCCCGGCGGGCGGUGCCGGGCGGGCGCGGGGGUGGUGGCCGGGGUUGGGGAGCGGGAGGCGACAACCCUCACCUUCACCCGCUCCAAGCCAUUUCCCCAAGAAAUGUCUCGUUCUCCACGUCCGAGGCAGCUUGAGGCCGGCCGCCUCCCGGCUGCGCCCCGCUGGGCCCUGCUUCGCCCCACUGCAUCCCGCUGCCUGCUAGCGCUGCCGUAAACCUGAUUGUUCAUCCCAAAACCCUCUUCUCCCGUGGCUUUCAUUCAAGGGGGUGAAAGGAAGAGUGGCAUGGUCUUUCCCUGGGGCGGGGCGGGGCGGGGGUGUGUGAUGUGUACAUCUCUGAUGGAUGUGUCCGUGUAAGACGGGUGUGUGUAUGGUAUGUGGCUCUGCAUGUGUGUGCACGUGUGCGUGUGCGAUUACCCCCCGGCACGACAGCGUCCCCGGCCAUGGCAUCCCUCCAGGCCCGGACGAGGGCCCACCCCGUCGUCCUCCCCCAGCCGCCCCCAUCCCGUGCCAGCGUGGAAACUCUCCCCUCCUCUCCUCCCUGCCUCACUCUCUCUGCGUUUCUGUUGGCUGCGGCCCUUUCCGUUCCGCCCAGACGUCGCUCUCUGCGUUUCUGUUGGCUGCAGCGUCCCUCCUUCCGCCCCUAACUCCCUCGCCGCAUUUCCCCUUGGCUGCUGCGCCUCAACAGGCCGACGUUUGAGAAAUGCCGCGAGGCCGCUUGAGGCCCGGUCAGGUCCUCCACUCCGGUCAGGUGGGGCGAAGCUGGUCCUCGGGUCACUGGGCACCCACGGUGUGCAGAGCGCUGGGCCGGGCACCCGCAGCGUGCCGGGUGCCCACGAUGUGCAGACCGCUUUGCCGGCUGCGAUCGCCUUCCAAGCUGCCCACGGGUUUUCUCCGUCUUCCACGUUGGCUCACUUCUCCCACGGCUCCCCAGUGCAGGCUCUUUGUCCCGCCCAAGCCAGCCUUCUGGCUAACGAUAACAACCGGUCUCUGUGGUGGCCGAACCCCUCUCAACUCUCCCGCCUCCGUCCCCUCGGUCACGCCGCGCCCCCGGCCGGGAACCGCCUCCCUCCCUAAACCCCCGACUGCGGCGUCAACGGCAUCCAGAGCCCUCCUGUAACCCCCACCUCCUCCUUCAACAAGUCUUCCCUGAUUAGAAUUCGUUGAUGGAUUGAUUAAUCCUUUCAUUCCCACCCUCAGCGCUAUGGACAUAAGUGAGCGAGUAUGACUUUGUACUUUAUCCGGUGUAUUCGAUUAUUGAUCCUGCUGUUCCGUCCCGAUGUCUGUCGGACUUGUUGUUACAAUCUUGCUCUUCCUCAGGCUCCCGUUCUUUGUAAGUCAUUUGUGUCUGUCUAUCUGUCGGUCGGUCAGUCGGUCGGUCAGUCGCUUUUAUUCGAGCGCUCACUGUGUGCAGAGCCCUGUAUUUCGCACUCGGGACGGUCCGGUAGAACAAUAAACAGACACAUUCCCUGCCCA